CGCGUACAGUGUUGAGCUGUGAGUUAUGGAGGGAGAGAGGUCAGAACCCUCAGCGGAAGUGGAUCCCAUUCCCACCCAGGGCACACAACUUGCUGGGGGGGAUUUCGUCACCGACAGCGUCCAUGUGACUUUGAGUCUGACAGAGGAAGGGAUUUCAUGGAGAAACUUGGUGGAUACAAGCGAGGUUACCCUCCCUUGGACUGACGUCAUCACCUGUCAUCGGGGACAGGUGUCACCCAAAACACCAACAGAGAUCACCGGCGACCUUGACAACAACAAAGGCUUCACCUUGCAUUAUAUCGACAAACAAGCAAACCGUGUCUGGAGACACAAACACAAGACGUUCCUCAGCAGCGAGAGUAAUUUUGAAGACAUUUUAAGUACUGUACAGGAGAAAUCCAAGAAAGAUCGACCCUCCCGCCUGCUGGUGUUGAUAAAUCCCGUCGGUGGAAGAGGCAAGGGAGAAGCUCAUUACAGAAGAGUUGUCGCCCCUUUGUUCCGAUUGGCCAAGAUCGACACAGAAGUCAUAGUGUCUCAAAGUCCAUCACACCCAGAAGAGUUAGGGAACACGUUCGACUUCUCAAGGGUCACAGGAGUGGUGGUCGCUGGUGGAGAUGGCACUCUCCAGAAACUACUACACACUCUGUUGCCAAGGAUACAGAAGGAAGCUGGGAUACAAAUUGGAACCACUGAUGCCGACUUGAAGGCAUUACCAUUUCCAGUAGGAAUAAUACCCACAGGAACAGGAAAUGGUAUUGCGAAAGGACUUUGCGGAAAUGACGACAUAGAAACUGCAGCUCUCAACAUCAUUACAGGAUGUAGGACCUUCAAGAACAUUGCCAGCAUCAGUCAAGGUGGCAAACAUCUGGGGUUUUCGGGUGUGAUAUUUGGACACGGUUUUUGGAGUGACCUGAGCACGUCCACAAUUAAAGGCUCUUGCAACAGCGACCACAGACUGACCAGCAUCAAGCCUCCCCAUAGCACGUACACGUUCUUCAUUUGA